CUGAAAAUUUCCUCCGGUUUUACCGAACGGCAACUGCUGCUGGAAUAAGGUGGAAAGCAGUUUGCAGAUCUUGCGCUCUACGACUUAGAAGAAGAAGGAGAAGAUACAUAAAUUCUACAUAGUUUAAAAAUAUGGAGUAAGAUGAACUAGAAAAUAUAUUUAUAGCGUUAGGCGUAAGGCUAAAUGGACGAAAAGGAAGACUUAAGGAUACUUUUAAGCUACGAUAAGGUGACCACAAAGAGUGGAAUAUGAGAGUACACAACCGAUCACGCAUAGGCGCUCUAUGCUUUCGCAUUUUCCAUCUACAUCUGCCGGCGAUUUUUGCGCGCUUGUGCAGUGAGCGUAAGAGUUAUUCAACAUUAGCAUGCUUAUUAGUAUAAUUAUUUCAACUAUUAUCAUUCUCUAGUUGAGCGCCGUACGCGUUUACCGUUAAUUUAUGUUGCAUUGCAAAGUGUAUCGUGCAAGAUCGAUCCUCCAUGGAUCGACUGGAUGGCAUCUGCCAUCUGACUGCAGGUUUGUUGAAUUUGUUAUCUAUGCUCCUAAGAAAUGGAGCGUUAACAGUUUAAGGGGGGUGAAACGCGUAGUGGAUAAGAGUAUUGGAAAGUGAAUAGAGAAGCUACAUUUGGAAUACCAAUUGCACGUUGGUUCACAUCAAAUUCUGCCAUUUUAAUUAUGUAGGUUUUUGUGUUUGCCGAUGGUCAGGGAACGAACUUUUUCCAGGAGCGAGCAGCGCGAUAUUCUUAACGAGUUAGAGUUAUAGCAUCAAAAAGCACCAGCACACACACAUACCUUCACACACAACAAUUAGAUCUUUAGUAAGCGAAUAAGCCAAGCUGGUUCGCGCAAUACGAUCGAUCGCAUUUGAGUUACGGGAUACGGAAAAAGAGGUUUCCGUGUUCCGUGGUUUUGUACAUUUGUUUUAAGAUGUGUUUCAUUUGUUCCAAUGAGGUGUGUGCGAUGAUCGAUUCGAUGACUGAGAUGUAAGCAGACAGAAGGCAGAGCCCCGCGUUGCCCUGUUCUGCGCUCUACCUAACCUCUUCUCCUACUUCAGCAGCAUCAUCAUCAUCAUCUGGCACAUUUAUUAGAACCAAUUCCAUGUGCGUGACUUACAAAUAUGCUAAAAACACGGUCAAUUAUGUUACCUAACACAGUGCGUGUGUGUGUGUGUGUGUGUGUGUGUGUAUGUGUUUGUGUGCGUGGGAGAGAGACCAGAAGGGGGGAGGAUCGUAUUUUCGUACUUUAUUGUAGCGACCAUUGCGCACCACCGCCUUGUACGUGCAGCUUAUCUUCUUAUCCCUGCCUCCUGUAAUACGCUAUUUUUCGCCCAUUUGUUUUGCUACGGAGCGGGGCAUAAGUAAACCAGCUACCAGCAGCACUCACAACCAUAACCUCACACAACACAAACGCGCCGGAUGAAAAUAAACCCCGGUUCGCCGGACGUCGCCUCUAAUCUGUUGCACUCUGGCAUGUGUGCGGUUUGUAGUGCAUCGUUUUCUAAGACGCGCUGUGCACAUGCACCACAGUUAUUUAUAGCCCAGCUACCGACCAGACCUUCUGUGCCCUGUUGUGGCCAUACUCUCGCCUCAACUCAAAGUAAUCGAUCGCUGCGAUCUGAUGCGAAUGUGUGCUACUGCACAAUCUGGCCCACUAUACCGCGGAGCGUAACCGUGGAAACGCAUUUACCAGACGACGUGGACGUCACGUCUCUUUACUCCUGUUUUUGGGGCGACAUCGAUUUCCACGCUUUUCAUUGAUAAAACACCAUGGGGGGGAAGCAAAUCAAAUCCACAGCGUGAAACACAGGAGAAGGGGAAAGCAGCAACAAGCACGCAGACAAUUGGAGGGGAGUUGGCUAAUAAAAGGGGUGUAUCGCACUGCAUCAUCCAGGGUCCGAUAAGUUGGCUUAUCAUUAUAGGACGGGCUUUAGUUGUUUAGUUUAUAUGGUUAAAGAAUAAAAUGUGUUUUUUGUGUCAAAUUUAAGCAUCCUCAACAUAAGUACCUUAAGCCUUAAGUUUAUAGUUUUGUAGCGUAUUUGCGUUUGCCCCACGGCCACGUGCAAUCGACCGUGCAUCCGUUUGGCGUUAGACUUUUUUUUGUUCUUCGUUCAUAAGUGGACAUCAGAAGCAGCAGGCCCAGCCUCACACGCAAGACAGCCAGACAGUCGCGAAACAGACGGAAUACGGACGGGACGAGACACUACAGAGAGAGAGACAGAAAGAGAGAUAGAGAGAGAGAGAGAGAAGAUAGAGAAACGCAUACACACACACACACAUGUUCCCAAGUUGCGAAACCAGAGACAGACGCCGAUCGAUAUGAGAGACAGUGCGAUAAACUAUAUUGUAAUGCAGCAUCAGUAGCAUGCCGCAGCAUCAGCAGCAAUGAAAUGCAGCUGCCCAGACGAGAGAAAGAGAGAGAGAGAGAGAGAGAGCGCAAGAGCAGGAGAACGAUGAGAAACAGAGACAGAAAUAAAAAUUUCCUCACUUACAUUCGCCGACGGGUAUGUUAUCUGUGCCCGGUUGUUGAUAUGCAACCGGCAACAGCAACAAUCUCCGAAAGACAAAUGUCCUUUUGUUUCCCCGUUCCCUCGGCUGGUUUCUAAUCUUCCCUCUGAGCAGCGAGCGCGAUGCACGAGCGGGCAGAGGGAUGUACAAAAAAUGGGUUUAAUAAACGAAAAAUUCCGGCGUCUCGAAACCAUCACAGAAUGCACCACGAACGCCGCCGAUUGCCCAAUGCGAAUGUAAGUCCAAUGUGCACCGGUAACCCCGGAGGGAUUAAGAGGGAGGUUGUGCUGCUUGAAGAGUACGGUAGCAGCGAGGUCAGAGGAAAAGAAAUUUGUGGGGAGGAGAGGCCAAUUUUGAAAAUAAUAAUCACAUUUUCCCAGUGAUCUCGAACCAACGCAAACGGGCCCCAGAAAAAGAGGGAAAGACGUGAAGGAAGAGGGCGGAACGGGCUGCGCCUGACCCGGUGGUCCCGUGAUUCUGUGACGGAUCGAUUUGCUGGUGGGCAAGACACGCGUGGGCAAAGACCGGACUCCCGGCAUGUCUCAUAAUGGUCGGGCCUUGUUGGUCGAGUGAUAGUUUCGUGAGCGAUUUUCGAGCGAACAAACGCGCAGCAUCCGCGAUUAUGGAUGGGGAGAAAGAGCGGACAGAAGAAAAGAUAGUUUUCCCGGGGAUGAGAAGGAA